AUGGAAAUGAGACGAACAGAUGCUGCAAACCGAGGAGACUUGUCACCGAUCUCUCCAUUUACUCAAUUUUGUUUGACUUCUCUACCGCCAAUAGGAGCCUUUAGCAUUCGCGCAGAAUCAGAAGCGAUGGAUAUUGAAAAAGAAGAAGUAACCUCCUUCGAUUAAUCUCGGUAUUUGCAUUUUUCAUUUAUAUUAAGCCAAGCACCAUAUUUCACAUAUAAAUUCAACAAUAAUCUAGAUAAAACCUGAAGCGGCUCCUCAAGCACCGACUCCUUGUGGUUGUCAGAAAACCCACUGUUUAAAAUUAUACUGUGAAUGUUUUGCUAAUGGACGUUAUUGUGUAGGCUGCAAUUGUCACAAUUGUCAUAACCUCUCUAGCUAUGAAGAAAUAAGGACUGAAUCAGUAAGACAGAUCUUAGAAAGAAAUCCUGCAGCUUUUAGACAAGAUGCAGCUACUAGUCACAAAGCCUGCCAUUGUAAGAGAUCAAAUUGCAUUAAAAAAUAUUGCGAGUGCUAUGAAGAUUCUAGGCCUUGCACACCUCUUUGUAAAUGUGAAGGUUGCCAGAAUAUGGGAAAUUAUUAAUUAACUUUUAUAAACUUUGCCCAUAGCUGAUAUCAUAUAAAAAUUGAGGGUGCCAAUUUAUUGCAUAUUUACAAUAUAGGUAAAAUUUUAAUAGGGAUGCAAAAAAUAGAAGUAAAUCUGCAGCGAGUUAUAGAUCGAAAUCCAUAAUAAAAAAAAUUAGAAUAUAGGAAAUCAGUAA